ACUUGCCGAACCAGUUGGCAACUCCGAAAUUCAAACGUUCUGGCAAGCAACAACAAGUUCAAGCAUAAAAUAUAUAAUAGAUCUUACUAUGUCGGAGAUACCACCUUCCUUCACUUCACCGGAACCCUUAACUACCUCGGACGACCCUUCAGGUCUAGCCACGCCUGAACAAGAAGUCAACUUGAACCUGAAAGGCUUUCGACAAGUUGUAAUGCCAUACCUUACGAAGAUUUCCCAUGGGUCAACCCCAUUCAUCGCAACGUUUCUCAUCAUACAUCUGACCGCGCCUGCGCUGGCAAAUCUGGGAGGCUCGUGUCUAGCGUCCCAGGUCAUGCUACUGGGCAGGGAAUACUAUCAGACCUCGUUCGGCGAGAAGUAUUUGCUUAUAGCUCCAUUUGCUGCACAUGUCGUGUCAGGCGUCCUGAAACGGCUAACCACGCCCUCGACCCUACGCCGACGCAUCUCUAGCAUCCUUACUCUCACAGGCUAUUCUGCAUUAUUGUUCUUCCUCCCAAUCCAUUACCUCACCCACCGAGUCUACCCGUCCGACCCUUCGCCUCCAAUCUACUCUGUAGGACCAUCAGAACUCGACUUCGAGUUCGUCAAGAUCGGUUUGCAGGAAUGGCCUUUGAGAUCUUGGCUCUUGUAUACAGGUCUGGUUACCUGUGUUGCUUGGCAUGCGGCGUCCGGCGUACAUAUCAUUUGGACUACGUGGUUGAGGCGAUGGUUGGGACCUGGGAAGAGUCAGAGGAGUCGUCUCAUUCAGACUACUCUCGCAAGCUUGCCAGUUUUGAGUGGAUUAUAUUUACUGUCAAGAGAACCGGUGUUGGCGUUCUCUUCAUUGGCAUCGAGAUUUCAUGCUGUUUUCUCAAAAUCGUUUAUGUAUAGGAUUUGAGACAGUUGUACGUACCAUUACUUGAAGUGCAAUGCGAUAAUCCUACUUGUGGGGAUACAGCAGCCUGAGAGCAUGCAAUAUGGUUGGGCAAGCGGGGCGCUCCACCAUUCACCGACGAUCAUCAAUCAUAUCCCGAUCUCGAUCAUCAAAUGCGGCAUUACCUUUUAUGGAUAGUGCGCCCUUCUUGUCGAAGUUCGAACGCUAUGCGUGUCGGCGAGCCCUACCCCAUCCAGAGAACCAAGGAUAGACUUAACCAUGAUCAGAUCCUGCGAAUAGGGUGGAUUGAAGGAGAACAUGAAUUUUGGUUUUGUUUCAAACAUGUGUUGCUCUGCGUGUGCGAUGUCUUUCGUACAGGUGUCGGCUUCGUUUUCUGCACGAGUAGCGCUGCUUGAGUAUACUGUACUAUAUAUUUCUUGUUAGUUGCACUGGCACACUUUAUGAUUGUAAAAGGUCUUAUGCUACAC